AUAAGAAUACGUUUGCUAAACCUGAUGCUUGAAAAACUGAAGACAAGAUCGCUGGCAGAUAGAGUGUUUGUCAGUCCGAAUUCGUCAGCAAACGAUCCAUUUAAUCAGAGAGAUGAAAAAAAACCAGUAGAGAUGAUGUCUCACUUAAUUGCAAAUGGAGACACUCAAGACAUGUUAAGAUAUAUAUCUGAUAAAGAGAAGAAAAUAAUACUUGUCGCUAUUGAUUAUGCAGGCCUGACUACAAAUUGCGAAGACUUGAAAAGCUUUUUAAGUACCUACAGCAGUGUAAAAGAAAUUGUUAUAGACCAAAUAUUAUCCAAGAACAAAGUGAGAAUGUAUACUAGUGGAGAACUGUUAAACAAUGAGGAAAAAUUAAAAGAAUUUGAUUGUCGAAAAAAUUGUUUGCAACGCUCAAAAUAGUUUAAUAAAAAAAAAUUCUUUUAUUAAGUAUGAAGUCCUUAUUAAAGACUUUCUUUAAACAAUGUAUAUUGUUUCUGCUUGCUUUUUUUAAGCAAGGCUGGAUACGGAUAAUACCCGUAAGAACAAAGAUUUGCAGAUGAGUAUAAGGAAGGUUCUGUGGGAUCGUCUUUGUAACAAACAUCAAGACCAAUAUUUUCAAUUCCGUUUAAAAGAUCUAUAGCACGAGCCUUGCUGUAUGGUUCGCAGUAGAACAUGCAAAUCGCUUUCUCGCGCGUUAUGGUGUUCAUUAGUGUUCCAAAUAACUUUUGUAAAGAAUUAUAAAUUGUUAAGAAAAACAAAAAGGACGACGUCCUCUACGACGUCCUCUACGACUCAGACUGAAC